UGCCGCCAAGAGGCCACUUGGCCGCCCUACCGGACACAGACGCUGACGCGCUCCAGUAGCGGUCGUCUUAGUCCCUAUCUGUUCGCCGUCGGCCCGUCGAGUCCCAACGAGCGAACCCGGGCACGAGUCCCGUCGUCGCCGUCUUCGUUCGCACUGCACAGGCGGGCGCAUUUCUCGCCUCGACACAGUCUGCCCGUCGGCGUCGCCAAGUCGACGGGCCGUCGACGCGCCAGUCUCAGUCCGCCCACCUCGAGGUGGGGCCUUCGCAAUCGAGCUCCGUCGGCCUCCAUGACGACGGGGUCUCCGUCGCCUCGGCCGUCCUGUUCGCCUCCUCCGCCCUACCGGACGCAAAGUCUGACGGCCUGGUCGGCCGAACGAUCGGGACGAACACCGACGGGCCGACGAGUUCGAGCCGCUCGGACCGUCGGCACAUGCGUGUCGCCGCAAGUCAAGACGACCUCAUGUGGUUGGCCCAUGUCGGAGCGUGGUCUCGUCAAGGGCCGCAACUCGUUGCCGAGCCGGCCCAGUUGUGAGGCCUGUCCGCGCGAAGCGUGCCAGAGCUCGAGGCUCUUCUGCCCGGCCGAGGUCUCCUCUUCCACCGAAGCGCUCACCGUCGACUUGGCGGCGAUCCAGCGCUCUCGCGAUCGUCACGAUUGGCGUCGACUGGCCAGUCGCAUCGGCCACGAGCGUCGUUGUUUCCACGAGGCGCGUGGCAGUUGGUCGCCGACGCCCAGUCCGCCGAGGGAGACUCGAAACGAUCUGGAAGAACUGACCGAAACGGAGAUUCGAGAGUGUGUCUUGCGCAAGGAUCGUCUCAGUCCUGUCCGGCCCAUCCUCACCUGGCGCGACCAGCAACGGUCGGCUCGAGCUGCCAGAAGCCGAUUUCGAGGCCCCGCAGGUCUGGCAGGGCCGAGCCGGCGAGACGUCGAGACGAUGACUUGGCGCACGCAUGAACCUGUCGGUUUGAGGUGUCCCGACAGACGACCGGAACUCGAGGACUCGUCUGCCGGUCGAGUGGACGCCAGCUCGAUUGCGCAGGAUUUCACGGCGAAAAAGCACUUUUUCGAGGAGAUGUCCAAAUUCAACCGACUUGUGCCCAGUUGCUCCUUCUGCCCCUGUUGCUACCACUGCCCCAGAGAGUCGCAACGCCAUGGCAACAGGUCUCCCCAUCCCGAGCUGGCCGCCGGUCGGCUGGAUCACUGUGCCGGUGGCGACGAAUGCGGCGGUCCGAGUCGCGGCAGGCCUAACUGCCGCGAACCCGAUGCACGUCUGUCCAAGCCGGCCGUCGAGUCGUUUCGGCCGAGCGGCGCUCGGGCCGGUUUGCCUCGACCCGUCGGUUGGUUCGACUCCGAGACGCCACGAGACGUCGGCUAUUUCACCGACUCCGGCGCCGCGUCUGCUCCCGGGCCGGGCUGGUCGGGCCUGUCCGCCGGCCCCGUCGCCACGCAACCGGAACGGCCGCCACGCUCGGGACUCGAACUACUACCAGCAGUUCGCAAUCCCACCCUCUCGGCCGGCCUCCACGGCCCCUGGCCGCAACAGUACGCCUUGAGCAGCUACAUUUGCGCCAACAACGGCCCUCUUCUCCCACCCUCCGUCAACUAUCCGCCUCAAACGGACUCGAACAACCAUCUCAGCAACCAACAGAGUCGAGCCGCCGUCAGCAACUCCAACCUGACGCCAAUUGAGCGCUACUUCAACGAACCCCUCGUCGCACACUCCAGACAACAGAGUCUACAACAGCAUCAACAUCAUCAUCAGCAUCAGCAUCAGCAUCAACAGAAGCAGCAGUACCGUUGCGGGCCAAUGCCAAGUGUGGCGCCCAGUCCGAAGCCGUACGUGCCGUUUGCUCAAGUCGCCUCUGAAUGGCCCCCCCUGCCGCUCAGAGAGCCCGACAACAUAACCUCGCUCGUCUCGCUCAACUACGGUUACCCACCGAUACAGAAGACCUGCGGCUCGGGUUAUUCAACCGUGUCGACCGCUGCCUGUUGCCAGGGUGACAGUGGUACAGAUUUAUCACCGCAAGGUAAUGCACCUCGUGAUCGACCAUUCAAACGAACUACGCCUUAUCCUCUCAACUGUUGGCCCGUUCGCCUCGAGGAUGUAUCGCAUGGCAACUCGAGACAUUCAUUAUCGCCCCCCUCCAGGGCGCAGCUAAUCCGAUCCCCGUUGUCGGGUGUCCCAAUGGAAGACUUUGACACGGCCACUUCCGACCGAAGAUUGAACCAGCCCAUCUCCCAACGCUCCAGCCUUCGCAGCACUUCACCGACUCAUCUGCCCUACCUGCAGACAGCCAUGCCUACGGUGGACAGUAGUUGGGAGGCCGACAAACAGCUGACUUUCACGAGUCUUCGGCAACAACGGCAUGGUCUGACGAACCAAGAGGCUGAUCUCACACAUCAGCACAUGUCGUCUGUCGGAAGUGUACGCCGGCUGGUCAGAGAGUUGAAUGAGAAGACGGCUGACCCGGGAGAGAUGUCGGCGACAACUGCUUCGGAAAAAGACGGCUCCUCACAUCACCGUCUGAGACGCUGCCAUAGUGAUAGAUUUUCUUAUCAUGCCCCGAACCGGCUGCAUCCAUUUUAA